UCAGACAACAGCCGCGGCGCUGAGGGGAAAACAGAGGAUUCCGGCGUGGACCGAGCCGGGACUCAGCCAGCGACACCGAAACCAGCGUUUUACCGGGACCGGAGCUUCCGGUGCUCAGCUCCCACCGGGCCGAACCUCCCUCCCCGCCGCCGCCGCCGACGGUGUGAUUGUUCGGAGUGAAGAGGAGGGAGGAUGAAGAAAAGCAACCAAAGCAGACGGGGCGUUCAGGACUCCGGCCCGCUCGGCGUCCAGCAGCCGGAGAAGGCGGGUUGGAUCCGGAAGUUCUGCGGUCGAGGGAUUUUCAGAGAGCUCUGGAGGAGCCGCUACGUGGUUCUGAAAGGAGAACAUCUCUUCAUCUCGGACAAGGAGGUGAAGGAUGAACGUAAAGCGCAGGAAGUGUUUGACCUGGCUGACUACGAGCGUUCAGAGGAGCUGAGGAAGGCGAAGAGUCGCAGCAAGAAGAACCACAGCCGCUUCACCGUGCUGCGCUGCAGACAUCGAGGAAACCCUGUUCCUAACCUGGUGUUUCUGGCUGUGAGUCCUGAGGAGAAGGAGUCAUGGAUCAACGCCCUGAACGUGGCCAUCAUCAAGGCCAAGAACAGAGUCUUAGAUGUGGUGACAAUCGAGGAGGACAGCGCUUUGGCUCAUCCCACCAGAGAUCGAGCAAAAAUCCCUCACAGCCGCCGGCUUCCGACCAAAGGACACCUCAUGGCCGUGGCGUCUACCUCCUCCCACGGCAUGCUGACCCUCGACCUGGUCGCAGAGGAGGACGGCUUCUCCCUGGACUACGACGACGACCCGCAGGACUCCUGGGAGAACAGCUUCCGGGUCGACCUGGAGAAGGAGGGAGGUCGGCAGCGGGCCGGCACCGACGUGUCGAAGCUGCGGGCGACGCCCCAAGAACCCAAGGUGAAGACGAGCAGUUUGCCCAGGGGGAGCGAGCGGUCCUGGGGCAAGCACCUGGAAGUCUCUAAAGUCCACAAGAACCAGCAGCAGGUCUUCAGGAUCUCCGAGGAGCAGGAGCAGCGACUCUCCUCGCCUCCGGGGAAAAGACUCUCCCCGUCUGAGAGGGAGAGAGUCUCCUCGAUCCAAAGCCAAGAAGAACCGGUCCAAAGGGGCGGACUCUCCUCGCUCCAGAGGCUCCCACUCACCAGCAGCUAAAACCGCAGACUCUCCUCAGCUGAAAGCUUCACCUCCACCCACCUGUUCUCCUCCAUCAAAGAGCUCGGACGCCGUCCGCUCACCAAAACUGAAGGGGUCGUCCAGCGCCUUGUCCAACAAACAGGACGACUCCUCUGCUCAGGAGACCUCAGAAAGUCCCCCGUGUCCCAAAGGAUCCAGCUCCUCUCAGGUUAAAGGGUCGGACUCAUUGCACUGCAGCAGAUCAGACUCCCCUCUCYUGGGGAGCGUCAAGGAGUCUCACCAGAGUCGGAGUUCCCCCAAAAUAUCCGGAUCCCCCGAUCCCUCGCAGCCGAAGUCCCCCGACAAACACCCGCCCGCCUCGCAGCCGUCGGAGGAAGAGGUGGAGCGGCGGCGCGCCCAGGCCGAGCGCCUCCUGGAGGAGGCCGUGUCGUCGUGGAAGGAAGCCCAGGAGGUCCUGCAGGAGGUGAAGGAGCUGCAGAGCCAGACGCUGCGGCGGCAGCGCAGGAGGACCUACGAGAAGAUGACGACGUCGGCGACCGCGGCCACGCUGGCCACCGCCGCCGCGGCGGAGGACGACGACACGCCGGCCUCGCCCACGUCCCCCGAGGACGACGACGGCUCCGAGACGCCUUGACGAAGAUUUUGUUCCACUCGACUCUCUGCGCUGUUCUUGGAUUUUCUCAGUAGAGGUAGCAACGCUUCCCAAGUUAUGCAGAAAACAGGAUUGAUUUACAAACUUAAUCCUGAAAAAGUUGUGUAAAAUGUGAAUUAAAAACAGAAUAUAAUGAUUUAUAAAUCUAAUAAAUCCUCGUUUUAUUCAUAAUGGAACAUUAUAAACAUCAAACGUACCCUUUUUUAAUGGUUCAAAAUCUAAUUUAAUAUGUUUACUGUUCCUCUGGUAAUAAAAUAUGCAUUUAUGAGAUUUAUAAACAUUUUAAUUUAGUUUUUAUAAACAUUUUACACAACUUUUUCAGCAACGUGAUUUGAAAGUUUUUAAUUCCACUUUGGAAACGAUUUUGAUCUUUUAAUCCAGGGAUGAUAGGAUGACCUCCCUCCCCUCAGCAAAUGGUGGAUUAUUUUGAAACCAGCGAUACGUUUCUUUCCAGGAGGUUUAACGACUUUAAUCCUCCACAGUGCACUACGCUCCCACCAGGCAGAGACCCUCCUCGCUCGCGCUGCCUGUUUAUCCCGGGACGCCUCCCUCCGUGGCAGAUGUGUCACGUUUAAUUUAAGAAAACACAGUUUUAAAACGAGAGGCUCUCCCCUUCUUCUUCUUCUCCUCCUCCUCCAGCGAUGCUGCACGCUUUUCUUCUUCGUCUCUUUUUACAGAAAGUGAAGCCAAAAACUUUCGACUGCUUAAAAAAAAAGAUGUCAAUGUUUAUACGAUGAAAAAAACUUCUGAUUUUGAUAAAUAACAAAGUCACUGAAGAGCACUACGUUUUCCUAAGCACAAACGUUGGACUUUGCUGCAAAUUUAAACCUCUUUAAAAGUUAAAAGGCACGAAAAACGGACUUCCAACUUUAAUGAUUUGUUUUGCCUUUUUUCUGGCAUUUCUUUUAAAUUGCUUGACCUCGAUUUCAGCUGUGGCUUUAUAAAUGUAGAGAACACGUCCUAAAAUGUCUUUCCAGCUAAUAUUUAUACAAUCACAAAAAAAAAAAUCAGGGAGUUUAAAGUUGAUGAGCAGAGAGGAAGCAAUAAUGAACCAGUUUUAAUCGUUUCUUAAUUUGUGGUUGAGACUGAACAACAGACCAGCUCCGAGCUGUAAACUCUGCACUAUGAACUGAUUUUUAGUGUCACGUCAUCUUGUUUUUACUGUGUGGGGAAACAUUAUUUUUAUUUUCAAAGCUGAAACAUGGGGAUUUUAUUUGCACAGCAGUAAAUCUGACAAAUGCUGGAUWUAAAACCACAAUGCAUUAAAAAAAAAUGCACGAAAAUAAUAAAUUAUUAGGGAUGUUGUCAAAAUAACGUGUUACAGAUCAAACAAAGUUUAAACAUGACUUUGUUGCUGCAGACGUGAAGCAGGUGGUGAAAUGUAGGUUUCACGGACCUGAGUAACAGAAUUACUCGUGCUGCAGAUGGGUCGCUGACAAAAUUUGGCACCCAUGAGUGAUUUAUUGUGUCGCACGCCGGAGACUGGAGAUGUGUAACAGGCAGAAAAUGACUGACGGUGAUAAAAUUUACACACAUCAGCUGGAGCUGUAAGGCUUUGUGUGUGUGUUUGCAUGUUUCCAUAGAGCUGCUAAAACAAACAUCAGGAUUUGCUCAGUUGUGUUGAAACGUAUAAUUCACUUCACCUGAGAGGGUUUUGAUUCUCGUAGCUGCUGGGUGCUAGCAACAUUUUAAAGGUCCAGUUUGUCGCAUGUGGUGACAUCUAGUGGCCCAAAUGCAAACUGCAACGAGGGGCGGGCCUUUUAAGCAAAAAACCGCUSUUCGAAUUUGUGCGUAAUAAUGUUUUUAUUUAGAAAAUUAUCUUUUGCUCAUGCAGGGCUAAUAGCACAACAAAAGAGCGCCAAUCCCAGCUGCUGCUUGCUUUUAAAAAGGCUCGGUUCUUCUGCGGUUUGGUCGUUCUUCUACACAACACAGCUCGUUUGCUCUGAAACCAAAGCUUUUUGAAUCCAGGUCUAAGUAGAGUUUACGUGAGAAGAUGAACAACAGACCGUUUGUGCCACUCACACACAUUGGUUCAAGCGAAGGCUCGCGUUUUCAGCAUUUUGGAUGUAGCGGUUUAAAUUCUGUUUGUGUUGAAAUACAAAACUCACAGCGCCAACUAGUGGCCUGGCGUGGAAACUACAGCAGGUUUAAGCACAACGUUACAAUACACUACGGCUGAGCUCACGCCAUGGCUUCCACUUAAUAAUUCUUUCAAAAUAAACUACCGUCUGUAGCACAAACAACGCUCUGAGUUGUGGUAGGUGUGUAGAAUAAAACACAACUUGAUGGUUUGUCGAACUUUGGGUAGUUACACAUUAAAUUAAUGAGGAAGAUUUUACAUAUUAUAAUGCAACAUAACACUUUUUAGGACAAAGAUAGGAUCAUUAAAUCGCAUUCCAGCCACAUGUUUUACUUAAAUAUUACAUGAUUGACCCUUAAGCUUGUUUUUAUCGAGCAGAAAAUAGUUUUUUCCCCCAGAAUUUUGUAACUUUUUAUUAGUAAACACAGAGGAAUGUGAUAUUUUCAUGAAAUUACAUCAGCUCAAAGCAAAUGUUUGCAGUGUUAGAGAUGCAAAUGGUUCUCACAGAAACCAAUAGACUCACUAAACUGAAAUAUUCUUCUUUUCACAACUUAAAAUAAAAAUAUUCUGAUGUUUUAGGGUCAUGAAAAAGUAAACCAGCUUCGUUAAAAGUCACAUUUUGUAACAUAAAACAUUUACUCUGGUGUCGCCACAUUUGAACGUUUCUUUUUAUUUUCGUUUGUUUGGAUGUUUUUGCACAUUUUGUCAUGAAUAAUGAGAGCAUGAACAAGAAACUACUAACACUGGAAGAGCUAAAUCACACUCUUUGUACUGUGAGGUUAUGGGAGGAUUUGUAAUUUAUUUUAUCGUUUGUUCACAUUUAAAAAGAAAAACAAAGCUUUUUGCAAGCAGAAUCCAAUGCUGUAUUCACUGUCACUAUAUAAAAACUGUUAUUUUACGUUUGGAUUCUCUGUGUUGGUGUUUUGAAAUGCAUUGUGUGUACACAGAAACGGUUCGUUUUAUUAAUGCGUGGAUGUUCCACGGCUCGUGGAAAGAUUGAUUUAAUUUUGAUUUGAUUUAUUUAUUUAUCAGGAAAAGGUUAUUAAAAAUCAAGCCUGA